GUGCCACUUUUUUAUAAGAAUUUUAUCCUCGUUUGGCAUUUUUAAGAGCUGGCUAGCUCGCCGUCGGCCCAUCGUCAACUCAGCAGAUAGGGGAGGAGAGAUGGCAAAGGAGAACGGCACAGUUUGUGUUACUGGUGGAACGGGCUAUGUAGCUUCAUGGCUUGUGAUGAGGCUUCUCCAGCGUGGUUACUUCGUCAGAGCUACUGUUAGAUCCGACUCAGAAAACAAGAAAGACAUCAGCUACAUCACCAGCCUUCCAGGAGCAGCAGAGAGGUUAAAAAUUUUCAACGCAGAUCUCAGCCAGCCAGAGAGUUUUCAAGCACCCAUUGAAGGUUGUAUUGGAGUCUUCCAUGUGGCUCACCCAAUGGAUCAUUAUGGAAAAGAACCUGAAGAAAGUGUGACCAAAAUAGCCGUGGAUGGAUUGCUAGGGAUAUUAAGGACAUGCUUGGAAUCAAAGACAGUGAAAAGAGUUGUUUACACUUCAACUGCAGCCUCAGUAAUGUUUAAUGACAAGGGUCUAAGUGUAACGGAUGAAAACACAUGGAGCGAUCUUGAUAUUUGCAGAAGAAACAAAUCUGUGAGCACUUCGUAUUUAGUUUCCAAGACUGUUACAGAAAAAAUGGCCCUGGAUUUCGCAGCAAAACAUGGCUUGGAUCUUGUCACUAUAGUUCUGCCUUUGGUUGUUGGACCCUUCAUUUGUCCUUAUAUACCCAGCUCCGUCUACUUGGCUCUCGCUGUGAUCUUUGGGAAUCUAAAGUAUGAGGAUUUUAAUAAUUUCUACUUGGUGCACAUCGAUGAUGCGGCCAGUGCUCAUAUAUUUCUUCUUGAAGAUCCUAAUGCAAAAGGGAGGUACAUUUGUUCCUAUCUUCAAAUGACCACUCCUGCACUGGUCCAAUUUCUAUCUGCAAAACUGCAGGAAUUUCAACUGCCGGCCAUGAAUCAAUUGAAGGAGAUUGAAGAGUCUAGACUAUGUAAUCUCUCAUCAAUGAAACUCAUGGACUUGGGGUUCAAGUUUGGGUUUGGUAUUGAAGAUAUGUUUGGUGGAGCUAUUCAGUGCUGCAGAGACAAGGGCCUGCUUAAUCAAAUAGUGUAUAAAAAACCAGAAGUAAGCCCUGAAAAAGAAUGGGCAGACAUGAGCUAAUAAAACAUCAGCAGCGGAGCUUGUACAUUCUGAAAAAAUUGAUCGAUGUGUUAUAAACUAAACAACUUCUAUAUAUAUAUAUAUAUUUCCUUCAAGAGAGAGAGACUGAACUUACAACAAGUCAUUCUACUAAGGGCUGAAAUGGAACAAGUUCUCAAUAGGAGCUACUGUUUUAACAAUAACUUUUUAUAUAGUUUAAUUUAUAUAUAAAUUUAAUUACUGUUUUUAAUUUA